AUGACGUCGCGGCGGGCCAACAACGAUCCAGGGCCGGCGGUACCACAGCGUCGGGCCCGGGGGAGGGGAAAGUAUUACGGUUUACGCUGCGACGGAAAUUUGCGGGUCUGCGGGCAGAGCAACUUGCAUUGGCAGAUCGACAGCGUUGGACUGUUGACUGUCGAGUUCGGCGUCGACGAGGGCGGUGCUGGGCGUGCAUAUAACCCGCUCUCGCUGCACGCAAAGUCAACACCCCGAUCGAGUAUCGCAUUGCAGACCCGAUCACGAUUCGAGCCCAGACCGGAAGCACGCCAAGGCAAUCGCGACGGGCCCGGCGCACCGAUUGCAUUUGCACUCGUCUCGAAAAUCAGUCUCUUAUAUACGCGGCCUGCUCACGGCAUGCCGCUUUCCUUUCUCCCUGGCGGUGCGUACGACGACCGCGACUGCGUGCAUGCUGCUCCCGACACCGAGCACACCCACUCUCGUUGCUUUCGCAAGACCGACGCGCCCGACUUAGCGCCGCAAUACACUCUACGCACUCCUUCUAGAGACCAGACUUACAUUCCUUUCGCCUCGCUGUACAAACGGCGCCGCCGCCCAUCCACCGCUCCUUCACCCAGCACACACUCCUUUCCCAAAAUGCCGAAAAAGCGGCCCUCGCUGCAGUCGAUCUUCGUCCCCUCCAAGUUCCUCUCCUCCCAGCCGCAGUCCCCCACGACCGCGCCGACGCAGCGCGACCCCGCGUGGCCAGACCCCCCGCUCUCCUCCCGCACGCGCGCGUUCUCCGAAGUCCCGCGCCCGCGCCCGCGGCCCGCGCACGCGCGGCAGCCGUCCUCGUCGUCGCUCGCGUCGUCCUACGCGGACCUGGUGCACCACGGCGAGCGGGACCUGCCCUUCCCCGCGCCGCAGCCGGGCAGCUCGCCGCCGUCCGGGGACCUGCUGCCCGACGACCCGUUCGCGAACCUCUCGCCGGGCGCGUCGGUGCUCGCCUUCCCGUCGCCUCUGCCGUCUCCCGCGCUCCCGGUCCCCGCGCCCCCGCCCCCGCCGACGCCGACGCCCAAGUCCCCGCUCUCGCCGAGCCGCCCGGCGCUGAGACCGAGCGCGUCGACGAGCACGCUGCCCGUGCCGGCGAAGGUGCGCCCCGCGCACACGCGUCCUGCGUUUGCGAGCCGGCCGAGCCUGCCGAGUCUGCGCGUGCUCGCGCGGGCGGGCGUGGUGGUUAAGAAAAAGGCGAGGAAAGGCACGCCCGGCGCGCAUCUGCCCGCGGAGCCCUGGAACGACACCGACUCGCGACGGUCGUCGACGUCUUCGGAGGAUUCGCGCUUGUCCGUGUCCUCUGCGCCGAAUUCCCGUGCGCCGUCGCCGACGCCGACGUCCUCGGGCUCGGACACGCCCGUGCACGGGGAAUCGCUGUUGGGAGCUCCUCUACUGAACGUGCGCCCGGUGUCAACGUUCGAGCUCGACUUUGACGAGGCGCUCGCGGGUCCGUCCAGUGCACCCAGCGAAGAUACCCAGGAAGGCGUGAACGCAGAAUCGGGAGAGUUUACGCUCGCGCUGCGCGGGUCGUUCCUGGAGCCCGAGGCGUGGGACCACCCCGACGAGGGGUACUCGGGCUUCACGACGCCCGCGCUCACGCUGGACUACGGGAGCUCGUGCGCGGUCAGCCCGGACGCAGGCCCGGUGGAGUUUCCGCCGAUUGAGUGGUGCGACAACGAGGAGGGAUUGCUGGGAGACGGCCUAGCGUAUCUGCGUCCUGAAGAAGGUUUGCCUGCAGGGGGCUCUGCGGAUCUGCAGGAUCCAAGCGCGGCGGAUACGGGUGGGCACGCUCUCUUAAGCUCGCUCAGUUGA